AUGGUGCAAUCAAUCUAAUUAAGAAUUUUCAUUCAUUUUAAGAUAUUUUGUUUGUAAAUUUUGCAUCCAAUUUAUUUUAUAUGUUUUAUAAACCUUAAAAUUCUCAGAAGUUUAAAUAACAAGAUGAAAAAUUUUAAGAACUCUUUUAAGAAUUUGGAAUUUUAUUAUAUAAAUUUUGAUUAUCAUUCAUAAUCUUAACCUUUAAACAUUGCCAAAAUUAUAGGACAUUUAUAUGAUUUAAUGAUUAAAAAUUCAAUUAAAUUGAAUGAUCUUACUCAUUAUUUUAACACUGCAAAUAAUUUCAUUCAAAAUAAUAUGAAAUUCAAUCAUAUAAAAUGA